AUGACCGCCCUCAAGCUCGUCUCCUCCGGAUCGCAGCUCUCGCUGCUCCCAGUCAUCAACUCUGCACUCUCGGUUGUGGGCAUUGAGGAACUCCACGUAGGCCUCCAGAGCCUUGUCUCGGUAACUUUCUCCUUCAGCUGGCUCAGGGGCUCGAAGGAUGAUGUCCGAGAGAUCUCGAAUUGCUUGGACUCGACUGACUUGCAUCUCGCAGUAUUGUUGAACAACACCCAUGCACUCGACUCUGACAUCGUUCUCCUGUGCAGAGAGUCCGAUUUUGGGGGUGGACGACCGGUGGUCUGA